AUGUAUGUUUUCCUAAUUCAGUCAGAAAUCCUUCGGUUGACCAGAAGUUUAAUGUCAGUCAGCACAGUCUCUGGGUUAAUUGCAGUUGCUUCCGUGCUCUUUACCAAGUCCAACUUAAAGCAUUCCAAGUGGCCUCUCUUUACCAAUCUUUUUACAGGAAUCAUAUCACUAAUCACGAUGGUGUUGUACGGCCUGUCCCUUCAAUUCAAAGGACUUCUUGGUCAUCCUGUUCCAGAUAUUACCGCACCAAUAUACAUCUCCUGGUGCUUUGUCCUGGGUUGUUUAGCUAGCCUCCUUUUCCUAUUGAAUGCCAAUGUCAAUGGUGCCAAGACCCUCCUGAUAAUGGCCCUUUUCUGUGGAUUCGUUGGGGCUUCAUUUAUGAGCAUCACUUAUCGUUACACCACCACUUCUGCCACAUACCGGUAUCUGGUGCCUGCUGUGGGAUCUUUCAUUGCAGCUGCCUUGGUGUUCCUCGGCCUAAGCAUUUACACCAUCCGGAUCUCCACACACGGCAUCAGCAGAACAUCUGCCGUCUCCUAUCAGUGGCCUUUCUAUCUGGCCUGGACCACUUGUCCCUUCCUUAUUUUAAGCGGUUUUCUAGGGCUUGUGGCCCACCAGCAUAUGUUGAUGCACGGAGCUGUUUUGUCUGACAAGGAAAGCAGAGAGUCUGUCACCUCCUCCAUCUGGAGCUCCUCCACCUCCUCUUCUCUCUUCUGGGAGGAAGGAGAGAAGGACAUGCAGAUCCCAAGGGCGUAA